GGUUAUCCAGGAGGACCAGCUGGAGGGGCUAACUUCCCCCAUCAACACCCACCCCCUGGUGCUCCAUACGGGGCUAGCGCUCCACCUGGUGGCCCCCCUCCCCACGGAUCUCCAUACGGGACCACCACUCCCCCCUCCGCACCCCCAGGACAGUAUGGAGGCUCUGGCCCAUCGGGGUACGCCCCGUAUGGGGGAGCGGCCGCCACAGGAGGGGGCUAUGGGUCCCCAGGACAGGGGAGGCAGGCUGGAGGAGCACCGGGGGCCCCAUACGGAGGAGGACAGACCCCUGGAGGGCCCUAUGCCGGGGGGUACGGAGGACAACCACAGGGAGGGCCCUAUGGACAGCAGUCUCCAGCAGGUCAGUUACUGUGUUAUAGUUUUCACUGUGUGAUUUGGUGAAGUCCUGGUGGGGACCUGAAGUCCUCACAAGGAUAGUAAAACAAUGAAAACAUUUCGCUGGUCAAGGAAAAAGGCUAUUUUAGGCUUAAGGGUUAGCGGUUAGGGAAAACAGGAUUUUGAACGGGAAUCAAUUAGUGAAACAAACGUGUUUGUGAUACUGAGUAGCUAAGACAAGGGUUCCGACAGGGUCUCUCUGCCUCCAUAGAGUUUCCUCUAGUGAACCACAACCUUACUGUACUCUGUGAGUACAUAAUACAGAGUACCCAAUAAUUCACACAGGGUGUCUCUGUCCUUCUCUCUUUCUGUCUCUGGGGAUGAUGAAUAUACACAGUCUGGGUCGGACAGGAAGACCUGUAGAGACGGACAGGAAGACCUGUAGAGACGGACAGAAAGACCUGUAGAGACGGACAGAAAGACCUGUAGCGACGGACAGGGUUUAGUUUGUAUCCCUCAGCAGGACUUAAACUGGUGGAGUGAUGACUGGGUUAAUACUGUGUGUCUAGUGAUAUUGUCCCCCUGUGGUAGCUGAGUCACAGGGCUGAUAAACAGACUCAUUACCACUCCCCACAGGGACAGCAUGCAUCUGGGCUCCGCUUUAAAUCUCUCUCCCUCCCCGUCACUCUACUUCCCCCCUCUUUCUCCCUCUGUCACUCUCCCUCCGUCACUCUACUUCCCCCCUCUACUCUCUCUCUCUCUCUCUCUCUGUGUGAGUGUCUGUCACUCUCUCUCCAGAGAUGGCGUGACGCAUGCACAGACAAGGCAUUUUCCAAAGCAUGCACACAAACCUCAACCAAAGACUGUUAUAACAUGGUUUAACCUGUACGUUUCUUCUCCUUUAACACUCAUCCCUCUCUCCUCUCCUCCCUAGGUAACCUCUCUCGUCCAUCUCUCCUCUCCUCCCUAGGUAACCUCUCUAGUCCCUUUCUCCUCUCCUCCCUAGUACCUCCCUAGUUCCCUCUCUCCUCUCCUCCCUAGGUAACCUCUCUCUUCCUCUCCUCCCUAGGUAACCUCUCUCUCUCCUGCCCAGGUACCUCCCUAGUCCUCUCUCUCUCUCCACCCUAGGUACCUCUCUGCCCUCUCUCCUCCUAGUAACUCUCUCUCUCCCUAGGUAACCUCCCUCGUCCCUCUCUCUCUCUCCCUAGGUAACUCUCUCUCCCUUCGUCUCUCUCUCCAGGUAACUCUCUCUCUCCUCCCUAUAACCUCUCCUAGUCCCUCUGUCUCCUCUCCUCCCUUCUCUCCUCUCCUCCCUAGGUAACCUCUCUCGUCCCUCUCCUCCAUAGGUAACCUCUCUCGUCCCUCUCUCCUCUCCUCCCUAGGUAACCUCUCUCGUCGUCCUCUCUCCUCUCCUCCCUAGGUAACUCUCGUCCUCUCUCCUCUCCUCCCUAGGUAACCUCUCUGUCCCUUCUCCUCUCCUCCCUAGGUAACCUCUCUGUCCCUCUCUCCUCUCCUCCCUAGGUAACCUCUCUCGUCCCUCUCUCCUCUCCUCCCUAGGUAACCUCUUCGUCCCUCUCUCUCUCCUCCCUAGGUAACCUCUCUGUCCUCUCUCCUCCCUCCCUAGGUAAACUCUCUCGUCCCUCUCUCUCUCCCCCUAGGUAACUCUCUGUCCCUCUUCCUCUCUUCCUAGGUAAACUCUCUCGUCCUCUCUCUCUCCCUAGGUAAACUCUCUCGUCCCUCUCUCCUCCCUAGACCUCUCCUCUCUUCCUAGGUAACCUCUCUCGUCCUCUCGUCCUCUCCUCCCUAGGUAACCUCUCUGUCCCUCUCUCCUCUCCUCCCUAGGUAACCUCUCUCCUCUCUCUCCUCCCUAGGUAACCUCCUCGUCCCCUCUCCUCUCCUCCCUAGGUAACCUCUCUCGUCCCUCUCCUCUCCUCCCUAGGAUCCUCUCUCGUCCCUCUCUCCUCCCUAGGUAACCUCUCUCCUCUCUCCCUAGGUAACCCUCUCUCCUCUCUCCUCUCCCCCUAGGUAACCUCCUCGUUCCCUCUCUCCUCUCCUCCCUAGGUAACCUCUCUCUCCUUCUCCUCCCUAGGUAACCUCUCUCGUCCCUCUCUCCUCUCCUCCCUAGGUAACCUCUCUAGUCCCUCUCUCCUCUCCUCCCUAGGUAACCUCUCUAGUCCCUCUCUCCUCUCCUCCCUAGGUAACCUCUCUGUCCCUCUCUCUUCCUCCCUAGGUAACCUCUCUCAGUCCUCCUCUCCUCUCCUCCCUAGGUAACCUCUCUAGUCCCUCUCUCCUCUCCUCCCUAGGUACCUCUACUCCUCUCCCUAGGUAACCUCUCUCUCCCUCUCCUCUCCUCCCAGGUAACUCCUCUUAGCCCUCUCCUCUCCUCCCUAGGUAACCUCUCAGUCCCUCUCUCUCUCCCUAGGUAACCUCUCUAGUCCCUCUCUCUCUCCUCCUAGGUAACCUCUCUAGUCCCUCUCUCUCUCCUCCCUAGGUAACCUCUCUGUCCCUCUCCUCCCUAGGUCCUUCACCUCUCUUUCUCCUCCUAGGUAACCUCUCUAGUCCCCUCUCCUCCUAUCCUCCUCCCUAUCCAGGUAAUCCUCUGUCAUCCUCUCUUCUCCUCCCUAGGUAACCUCUCUAGUCCCUCUCUCCUCUAUCCUCUAUAGGUAACCUCUCUGUCCCUCUCUCCUCCCUAGGUAACCCUCCGUCCCUCUCUCCUCCCUAGGUAACCUCUCUCGUCCCUCUCUCUCUCCUCCAUAGGUAACCUCUCUCGUCCCUCUCUCCUCUCCUCCCUAGGUAACCUCUCUCGUCCCUCUCUCCUCCUCCCUAGGUAACCUCUCUCGUCCCUCUCUCUUCUCUCCUCCCUAGGUAACCUCUCUCGUCCCUCUCUCUUCUCUCCUCCCUAGGUAACCUCUCUCGGCCCUCUCUCCUCUCCUCCCUAGGUAACCUCUCUCCUCCCUCUCUCCUCUCCUCCCUAGGUAAUCUCUCUCUUCCCUCUCUCCUCUCCUCCCUAGGUAACCUCUCUCUUGUCCCUCUCUCCUCUCCUCCCUAGGUAACCUCUCUUGUCCCUCUCUCCUCUCCUCCCUAGGUAACCUCUCUCUUGUCCCUCUCUCCUCUCCUCCCUAGGUAACCUCUCUCUUGUCCCUCUCUCCUCUCCUCCCUAGGUAACCUCUCUCUUGUCCCUCUCUCCUCUCCUCCCUAGGUAACCUCUCUCUUGUCCCUCUCUCCUCUCCUCCCUAGGUAACCUCUCUCGUCCCUCUCUCCUCUCCUCCCUAGGUAACCUCUCUCCUCUCCUCCCUAGGUAACCUGUCUUGUCCCUCUCUCCUCUCCUCCCUAGGUAACCUUUCUUGUCCCUCUCUCCUCUCCUCCCUAGGUAACCUCUCUCGUCCCUCUCUCCUCUCCUCCCUAGGUAACCUCUCUCGUCCCUCUCUCCUCUCCUUCCUAGGUAACCUCUCUCACCCCUCUCUCCUCUCCCUAGGUAACAUACCACCAGGGGUGAACCCAGAAGCAUACCAGUGGUUCCAGACAGUCGACACAGACCAUAGCGGUUCCAUCACUCUAAAGGAACUGAAACAGGCUCUGGUAAACUCCAACUGGUCAGCCUUCAACGACGAGACCUGCCUUAUGAUGAUCAGUGAGUUAAACAGGGAGAGGGGGGUGGAAAGAGGGAGGUGUACAGAGAGAGUGAGAGAGGGAGGGGAAGAGUGGAGUGUUGGAGAAGUUAUGGAGAGAGGCGGAAUUAAAGACAUGUAGGUGGAUGGUGGUGAUGAUGAUGGUCUUUGAGUCAGAAAUUCAAAACUGUGCUAUUCACAUCUGUACUACUCAGCCAUCGUACUGUUAACAGCUAGGACAGAGUGAAGACUUGGGCUAAGUGUUCAAAUCUUCACUCAUUCAAGUCACACGUAUCACAUUUUAUGUGAAUGGCAUGUGCGUGGCUGUAGUGUGAAUGGCAUGUGCAUGGCUGUAGUGUGAAUGGUAUGUGCGUGGCUGUAGUGUGAAUGACAUGUGCGUGGCUGUAGUGUGAAUGGCAUGUGCGUGGCUGUAGUGUGAAUGGCAUGUGCGUGGCUGUAGUGUGAAUGGCAUGUGCGUGGCUGUAGUGUGAAUGACAUGUGCGUGGCUGUAGUGUGAAUGGCAUGUGCGUGGCUGUAGUGUGAAUGACAUGUGCGUGGCUGUAGUGUGAAUGGCAUGUGCGUGGCUGUAGUGUGAAUGGCAUGUGCGUGGCUGUAGUGUGAAUGGCAUGUGCGUGGCUGUAGUGUGAAUGGCAUGUGCGUGGCUGUAGUGUGAAUGGCAUGUGCGUUGCGUGGCUGUAGUGUGAAUGGCAUGUGCGUGGCUGUAGUGUGAAUGGCAUGUGCGUGGCUGUAGUGUGAAUGGCAUGUGCGUGGCUGUAGUGUGAAUGACAUGUGCGUGGCUGUAGUGUGAAUGGCAUGUGCGUGGCUGUAGUGUGAAUGGCAUGUGCGUGGCUGUAGUGUGAAUGGCAUGUGCGUGGCUGUAGUGUGAAUGGCAUGUGCGUGGCUGUAGUGUGAAUGGCAUGUGCGUGGCUGUAGUGUGAAUGGCAUGUGCGUGGCUGUAGUGUGAAUGGCAUGUGCGUGGCUGUAGUGUGAAUGGCAUGUCCACACUCUUCUGUCAUAGUCAUAGACUUGUCCUAUUGACUCCAUACUCUUCUGUCAUAGUCCCCUGUAGCUCAGUUGGUAGAGCAUGGCGUUUGCAACGCCAGGGUUGUGGGUUCGUUUCCCACGGGGGGGCCAGUAUGAAAAUGUUAUGCGCUCACUAACUGUAAGUCGCUCUGGAUAAGAGCGUCUGCUAAAUGACUAAAAUGUAAAUGUAAAAGACUUGUCCUAUUGACUCCAUACUAUUCUAUCAUAGUCAGAUACUAUUGACUCCUCACUGGGUUUUUACCAACCAAAAUUUCCCCAUUCACUAAAGGACAUCUGUACUUUUCCUAAGAACAUAAAUGUACCUGACAGUAACUCUCGAGAAAGGGAUUGUGAAAAUGAAAUAAAAGCACUUAACUUCAGCCAUUGACCUGUUCUCAACGUUCCCAUUGUCUGCAGAGCAGCUAUAUCCUCCAUGAGAGAGGACAAUAAGCAUACAAGUCCCCUGUGUGGUUACCAAGACAACCCAUUAAGCUGUAGACCUGUUACCAAGACAACCCAUUAAGCUGUAGGCCAGUUACCAAGACAACCCAUUAAGCUGUAGACCUGUUACCAAUACAACCCAUUAAGCUGUAGACCUGUUACCAAUACAACCCAUUAAGCUGUAGACCUGUUACCAAGACAACCCAUUAAGCUGUAGGCCAGUUACCAAGACAACCCAUUAAGCUGUAGACUUGUUACCAAUGCAACCCAUUAAGCUGUAGACCUGUUACCAAGACAACCCAUUAAGCUGUAGACUUGUUACCAAUGCAACCCAUUAAGCUGUAGACCUGUUACCAAGACAACCCAUUAAGCUGUAGACCUGUUACCAAGACUACCCAUUAAGCUGUAGACCUGUUACCAAGACAACCCAUUAAGCUGUAGACUUGUUACCAAUGCAACCCAUUAAGCUGUAGACCUGUUACCAAGACAACCCAUUAAGCUGUAGACCUGUUACCAAGACUACCCAUUAAGCUGUAGACCUGUUACCAAGACAACCCAUUAAGCUGUAGACCUGUUACCAAUACAACCCAUUAAGCUGUAGACCUGUUACCAAGACAACCCAUUAAGCUGUAGACCUGUUACCAAGACAACCCAUUAAGCUGUAGGCCGGUUACCAAGACAACCCAUUAAGCUGUAGGCCGGUUACCAAGACAACCCAUUAAGCUGUAGGCCGGUUACCAAGACAACCCAUUAAGCUGUAGACUUGUUACCAAGACAACCCAUUAAGCUGUAGACUUGUUACCAAUGCAACCCAUUAAGCUGUAGACCUGUUACCAAGACAACCCAUUAAGCUGUAGACCUGUUACCAAGACUACCCAUUAAGCUGUAGACCUGUUACCAAGACAACCCAUUAAGCUGUAGACCUGUUACCAAUACAACCCAUUAAGCUGUAGACCUGUUACCAAGACAACCCAUUAAGCUGUAGACCUGUUACCAAGACAACCCAUUAAGCUGUAGGCCUGUUACCAAGACAACCCAUUAAGCUGUAGGCCGGUUACCAAGACAACCCAUUAAGCUGUAGACCUGUUAUCAAGACAACCCAUUAAGCUGUAGACCUGUUAACAAGACAACCCAUUAAGCUGUAGACCUGUUAACAAGACAACCCAUUAAGCUGUAGACCUGUUACCAAGACAACCCAUUAAGCUGUAGACCUGUUACCAAGACAACCCAUUAAGCUGUAGACCUGUUAACAAGACAACCCAUUAAGCUGUAGAACUGUUACCAAGACAACCCAUUAAGCUGUAGACCUGUUACCAAGACAACCCAUUAAGCUGUAGACCUGUUACCAAGACAACCCAUUAAGCUGUAGACCUGUUACCAAGACAACCCAUUAAGCUGUAGACCUGCUGGGAAUGAAUGUAUUUUCUCUCCUGUUUAUCCCAGACAUGUUUGACAAGACCAAGUGUGGUCGUAUCGACCUGUUUGGGUUCUCAGCCCUGUGGGUCUUCAUGCAGCAGUGGAGACAGCUGUUCCAACAGUACGACCGCGACCGCUCCGGCUGCAUCAGUGGCACUGAGCUACACCAAGGUGAGGUGGGUGGGACACCGAGGUGAGGUGGGUGGGACACCGAGGUGAGGUGGGUGGGACACCGAGGUGAGGUGUGGGUGGGUGACCAAGGUGAGGUGUGGGUGGGUGGGUGGGACUCCGAGGUGAGGUGUGGGUGGGUGGGUGGGACUCCGAGGUGAGGUGUGGGUGGGUGACCAAGGUGAGGUGUGGGUGGGUGGGUGGGACUCCGAGGUGAGGUGUGGGUGGGUGACCAAGGUGAGGUGUGGGUGGGUGGGUGGGACUCCGAGGUGAGGUGUGGGUGGGUGACCAAGGUGAGGUGUGGGUGGGUGGGUGGGACUCCGAGGUGAGGUGUGGGUGGGUGACCGAGGUGUGAGUGGGUGGGUGGGACUCCGAGGUGAGGUGUGGGUGGGUGACCAAGGUGAGGUGUGGGUGGGACUCCGAGGUGAGGUGGGUGGGUGGGACUCGGGGGUGAGGUGUGAGUGGGUGGGUGGGACUCCGAGGUGAGGUGUGGGUGGGUGACCAAGGUGAGGUGUGGGUGGGACUCCGAGGUGAGGUGGGUGGGUGGGACUCGGGGGUGAGGUGUGGGUGGGUGGGUGGGACUCGGGGGUGAGGUGUGGGUGGGUGGGUGGGACUCGGGGGUGGGUGGGUGGGACUCGGGGGUGUGGGGUGGGUGGGUGGGUGGACUCCAAGGUGAGGUGUGGGUGGGGUGUACACGUGCGUGUGUUCAGUAUGAAGUGAAUCCUAAUUCCCACUUAAGUUGAAUUUUCACUUCGUCUCCCAAUGACGUCAAUGCAUGACUUAGUGAAAACUCUAUGUGAUGGCAAUGUAUGCAGAAGACAUAGAUGGAGAAAAUGAAUAAAAACAUUAUGUUCUAGUCUUAAUCGAGAGAGAGCAGGAGCCUGAACAGACACAAAGCUCCAAAAGAGCGCGCUCUCCUCCCAGACAGCCCAUCUACUCUCUCUCACAACCAAGAUCCCCUGCCCCCCCCCAUAACUCUUCUCCUUCCCCCCAUCCCUCCGCUCUUCCUCUCUCUCCUUCCCCCCCAUCCCCUCCUCUCGACGGACUACCCUCCCUCCAGCCCUGUCCCAGAUGGGCUACAACCUGAGCCCCCAAGUUACGAUGAGGACUAUAGCGGCCAAGUCGGCUCUGUGAACGGCUCUUGGGUCCGUCCUGGCUCAAUGCAGCUGGACUGUUUCAUCCAGGUCUGUACACAGCUACAGAGCAUGACGCAGGCCUUCAGGGAGAAAGACUCCGCCAUGACGGGAAACAUACGCAUGAGCUAUGA